AUGACCCAGAGCAUCAUGAAAAAUGAAAUCGCACACACUACUCGUAUGCCCGACAGUGCAGGAGGCAUCGUAAUAGUUUAUAAUACGCGCGGCGUGCUUGUAAACAUAACUGCAUUCAUUGCGCUGUUUGUGGUUAUCGUUGUUUUGGUCGUGUUUAUACUCUGGUACAUUUUUUACUGGAGUCGCGUGAAUAUCCAGCCAAGGAGCCUUCCCAGAGAAGACGUGACUGUGCAGAUAGAUGCUGAGAAUCAGAGACCUCCCAGGCCGUAUGAAAGGAAAAAAACAGCCCGAGACCUUGAAGCUUCAAAGCCUCUGCGGCCUGCGUAUAAAGAAACCGCUGUUUAA